GGCGUCACCAGGACAUGGCGGCCUGAAGGCAGCGCUCCCUCCUCCCUCCCCCCGCAGGUCAGAACAGAGCGGCUGCAGCGCGUUCUCAAAAUGCAGUAUUCCCAUCACUGUGAGCACCUGCUGGAGAGGCUGAACAAGCAGCGAGAGGCCGGAUUCCUCUGCGACUGCACUGUGGUCAUCGGGGAGUUCCAGUUCAAAGCGCACAGGAACGUGCUCGCCUCCUUCAGCGAGUACUUCGGGGCCUUCUACAGAGACGCGUCCGACAAUAAUGUUGUCCUGGAUCAGACUCAAGUGAAAGCUGAUGGCUUCCAAAAGCUCCUGGAAUUUAUUUAUACGGGAAACUUAAACCUUGACAGCUGGAAUGUUAAAGAGAUUCACCAGGCUGCCGACUAUCUCAAAGUGGAAGAAGUGGUCACUAAAUGCAAGAUCAAGAUGGAGGACUUUGCUUUUAUUGCUAAUCCCUCUUCCACAGAGACAUCCAGUAUCACUGGGAACGUUGAAAUGAAUCAGCAGACUUGCCUUCUGACUCUCAGAGAUUACAAUAAUCGGGAGAAAGCAGAUGCUGCUGCUGCUGCUGCUGCUGCAGAGCUGGUUCAACCCCUGGCAAAGAAAGCAGCUUUGGAAAAGAAAUCGCCUCAACCCAAAAAGCGGAAGAAGAAUUUCAGCCCCCCCAAAAGCACAGAGAAUAAAUCCCUCCCGUAUCAGAACGAUGUGACCGAGAACACAUCCAUCGAGCUGUUUUUAGAUGCAAACAAACUGGCCACCCAGAUAACAGAGCAGGCUGCCCAGGGCAGUGAUAACUCCGAGCUGCAGUUGGCAGCCGUGGGCGAGAGCGAGACGCUGGCAGUGCAGGAUAUGCUGGCCCAGACCAUGGCAGCCAAACAGAAACGGGGGAAGCCUCAGCAGAGCUGUGCCCUGAAGGAGCACUGCAUGUCCAACAUAGCCAGUGACAAGGGCUCUUACCAGCUGGAGAGCUCGGGAGAGGAGCUGGACCAGAAGUACUCCAAAGCCAAGCCAGUGUGCAACACGUGUGGGAAAGUGUUCUCGGAGGCGAGCAGCCUCCGUCGGCACAUGAGGAUACACAAGGGGGUGAAGCCCUACGUGUGUCACCUGUGUGGGAAGGCAUUCACCCAGUGCAAUCAGCUGAAAACACAUGUAAGAACUCACACAGGGGAGAAGCCAUACAAGUGUGAACUGUGUGACAAGGGCUUUGCUCAGAAGUGCCAGCUGGUGUUCCACAGCCGGAUGCAUCAUGGAGAGGAGAAACCCUACAAAUGUGACGUCUGCAACCUGCAGUUCGCAACCUCGAGCAACCUGAAGAUUCACGCCAGGAAGCACAGCGGGGAGAAGCCGUACGUGUGUGACCGGUGCGGGCAGCGCUUUGCCCAGGCCAGCACCCUCACCUACCACGUCCGGCGCCACACCGGGGAGAAGCCCUACGUGUGUGACAGCUGUGGGAAAGCCUUUGCUGUCUCCAGCUCCCUCAUCACCCAUUCCCGGAAACACACAGGAGAGAAGCCAUAUAUCUGUGGCAUUUGUGAAAAGAGUUUUAUUUCCUCUGGAGAGCUCAAUAAACAUUUUCGGUCCCAUACAGGUGAAAGACCAUUUAUCUGUGAAAUGUGUGGAAAUUCUUACACAGAUAUAAAAAAUCUAAAGAAGCACAAAACGAAAGUUCACGCAGGACCCGAAACUCCCCCCGAUUCUAAUGCACUCGAUAAUUCUUUCAAUGAACAAGAAUCCAUUCAGAGUCAGAAAAGUCCUUUGUCAGAGUCCAUAGAUGUGAAGCCCUCUGAGAUGUCUUUAGCACUUCCUCUUCCCAUUGGGACUGAAGACCACCAGAUGCUGCUUCCCAUGACGGGGAGCCAGUCCCCUUCAUCAGAAACAUUGCUGAGAUCUGCUGUGACUGGAUACUCAGAACCUCAGUUCAUUUUCUUGCAGCAGUUGUACUGACAGAGCAGUAGUUUGGUAGUGAACCUGCAAACAUUUGGUAAGAUGCACGUGAUCAAACAAGCAGUCACGCUCUUUGAAUUGGACUUGUUCUUUGUUUUCCCUUUGUGUAAAGACACCUCUAAGGCAUUUCCAUCAUGCAGUGCUGAAUUGUGCUAAUCUGCAAUCAGAUUUCUAUUUGCAAUUAAUACUGAUUUCCAGGAGACGAUUCCUUUCCAGCAACACCUGCCUUAAGAAUUCUCUGUUACGUAUGUUAAUGUGUCUUGGAGAUCUCCUCCCAUGUUUCUGCUGAUUUGAUGUGUCACAGUGUCACUUGAGAACAGAUAUUUUAAGCCAUAUUUAAUAGUUUAAGAAUAUUAACCCAGAGAUGCAAGGGAAAGUCAUAAUUUGGCUAUAUUCAUAAGCCUGCACUCCAAGGUGCUGGAAUGGUCCAUGGGGAAGGUCGGUCAGGGCUGUGCUGAGGUGCUUGCAAAGAUUUGCUGCUGGCUGCCAGAAGUGCCAUCUGCAGGUGAAGCCUGACCAGAGGGCAAGAAAGGUUUGGGUGUAUUUUCCUGACAAGACGAGUAAAGGAAGGUUAAUUUCUUUCUGUAGUGUGGCAAGUCAGAGGGUCCUAAUGGCAUAGAAACUACUGGGUUUUCUUUCCAACAAGUUGCCUUUGUUUGUUUGUUUAAGUCAAUCCAGCACUGUCAGAUCUUGUCCCAGAUUUAUUGUUCACAUCCCUAAACUGCCCCGGGUUUGGCACAAACAGCAACAAAAGGAGAGCUGGAACAUGCAUGUUGUAGAUGAGACAAAAAGAGGCAGUGACUUAAUUUGUGAGGCGUCAAUGAGAGCUUCAUAAUCCUUUUUUUACUGUAGUGCUGCUUCUUGUGCUAGACAGGAGGUCCAGAAGAGGAAAUAAAUCCUGCCCUUCACUGUGAAAAUAGUAAGAGAACACUACAUGAGGGGGUAUUAAAGACUAAUACAGCAGAGCAGAUGGAUAUUCUUCCAGGGAAGAUUUUGUUAGUGUGACUAAUUUAAUUGAAGUUUUUGUGUAUUGCUUUAACUCUCAUGUCACUUGUCCACAGUAAAUGCACAAAACUGGUACCUAGCAAGAACCAUAAAGAUAUGUUUUAUUCCUAGCAACAGAUAUAUUUAAAAAGCAACGUUUUUAGUGUCUUGGUAGGGUCAUAAAAGACUAGGUGACCAUAGGAGUACUCUCCUACUCUAUUUUGCCAGUUUGUGCCAUUAGCAAUGUAAGCAUUAUUUAAGUAAUCAUCAAAUAGUAAUGAAACAGUGAUCAUACUGUACCAACAAUGCAUUUAAAGCUGUACUUUGUUGGUUAUUUACUUGGUGCUAGCAUUUAUUUCCACUGAUGCCUUGUGUCCAGACACUGAUAAAUAGAAGAGCAUAGGAGAUACCUCUUAACUGAUCCUGUUCUACACGGAGUAAUAAUUAAUCUGCACCUUAAUUAAACAGACUCAUGAAAAAUUUCUUGUAGGGUUUCAUUUAAAUAUUCUGCAAGUGAUCCCCUGACUCCUGACCAUGACUAUAGAUUUAUUUUUCUCUUCCUAUAUGUUUGUACUUGUAAAGUAAUAGACCUUUUGCUUCUUUGUGUUGAUCAUCUUAGUAUAUGCCACGUUUAAAACCUGCUGCUUGAUCAUAUUUUAUGCUUUAAUAUAUGGUAAAUUUGCUGAUGAAGUCUGCCACAGACAGCAGGAGUACAGCCAUGUUCAAUGGGAACAUCCUUAAUUCAGGAAUCUCUCAUUCUGUCCACUGGAGCUGAUUAUUGCUGGACCUGCCUGACCUUUAAUUUCUUUAUCUCUCUGUCCCACAACAUUUAUGAACAGCUGAUGUUCAUAACACUAGCAGAAGACAAAGGAUGAAGUUCUCUGGUAUUUUUUUUCUUGUUUCUUUGGCAUUUCCCCUUUUCCUCCCCUCUUUUCUCUUUUAGCUCCUGUUGUUGCUGUAGCCCCUGAGGGAUUCCUUAGCCUUGCCAUUUAAGACUGAAGAACCCCAAAGGUCGGGAUCUUUUCUGUGUGUAGCUUGUCCUAAGCUUCCUCUUUACUUUCUCUCUCUGAAAAUAGAGCAGAAAUCUUGGGACAGAUGUAGGCUUAGUCAUGAAUACUGAGAAAGAAACACCCUGCAACUGAUAACUUCCAUAUCUAAACAGGUUUGGAAGACAAACUAACGAUAUGCUGCUGUUCCCUGAGGAAAAGUAGCUGAAGAUAAGCAUGUCCAGGACAAAUGACCAUGAGAGAGAACUAGCUCUGGAAAGAAACCUAAAAAAUAAUUACAUUCCUACAUAGAAAAUGCAUUCCAUAACAAUGUUCGUUUGGACUGGUUUUAUAUUUCUAAAAUUAUAGCUUGUUACUGUAUUCUUAGAUUUCAGACUUUUUUAAAAAAUACAGUGCUUAGAUUUAUACAGGAUUUGUUUAGAUACUUAUAACAGUAACACUUGCUUUAUUAGUCAUUUAGUUUUCUUUAUAGACAAGAAGAUAAUCAUUAUUUUUUACAAGACAACAAUUUUAACCUUUCUUAAUAGAAUACACAGGCUUGUAGUUUUGUCUUGGAGCAAUAAUUUAGUGACCUGCACUCUUGAGUCCCCAUCUGAGAAUCUUGAUUUUUAGCCUCAUUUUUCAUGAAGAUAUCUCAGCUGCUGAGGUAUGAUCUCUACAAACUGUAUUCAUUUACUAGAAUAUAGAUUUUAAGUAUAUAUAUAUAUAAAUAUAUUUGUAGGUGUGUUCAGGCUGUAGGUCUGGACUGUACCUUUUGCCAAUAGAUGCAUGGAAAUCAGCUGCACAUCUGAAGUCCUAGGCUUAGGGAUUCUGGGUUCAUUUGGGAGGUACAAGGCUCAUAACAGUAUUGGUCAUUUCUGUAAGGGAUUAAUAGGGGAAAGCAUGGAAUCUUUGUAGGCAGACGUCUCCUUGCAAAAGGAAAGAAGGAAUUUUAAUAAUUCUGUUAACAGUCAUUUAGAGACAAUGACACAAGCUGUUGUUUCAGUCAGUUUUGCACUGAAGUUGGUGCAAGUUUUGCCUGAAUAGCUUCUCUGCAUCUAGAAAUCUCUGAAUUGGCUGCUUGGAAAUAUUUAGGUGAGAAUAGCUCCUUGUAUGACAUUUACUUCCAAAUUUGUGCCCGUAAGUGGGCACAAAGCAUGACAACCCUUCUGAUAUCAUUUGUUAAAGAGCAAUUUUCAAGUACAGACAAGUCCCACAUGAAGGAUUUCAGGGCUGUGAUCCUGGAGAGGCUCAAUAAGCCUUGCAGAAUUAAGUUCAGAUAAGGACUAAUAACUGAUUUUUUUGGUUAAAUUAUUUUUAAAGUAUGUCAUGUAUAUACAAUUUUUCCUCUGUUAUUUGUAUAUACCUCAACUCUCGAUUUUAUAAUCCCCUGGGAAGGGAGGGGGUUGUACAUAUUUAGCCUGAAGUGUUUUAUGUUAGACUUUAAUAAACUUGUUUUGUAAUUUUCCCUCA